AGUGUCAGCGCUCCGGUGUGAGUGUGUCAGCGCUCCGGUGAGAGUGUGUCAGCGCUCCGGUGAGAGUGUGUCAGCGCUCCGGUGAGAGUGUCAGCGCUCCGGUGUGAGUGUCAGCGCUCCGGUCCUGCCGUUUCUGCGACUGGCCUCAAUCGAAAUGCAAAGGUGACCACCAGAGAUGUUAGCAUCCCAAGCUCACAUACAUAAGCUAACCAUUUCCAGAUGAUCAGCUAACCGUUAACCUGGAAACCUCAGCCAGCUGGUGAGGACGAGAAAAUCACCUGAAGCUACAUACUAGCCAUCACUGGUUUGGUGAAGGACAGGACCUGCUAGCUGAAAGAGUACAAGUGUGUGAAGAGUACUUGCUUUUAGUGGAAUCGCAAAUGGGAAAUUACAGCCUCCGUAGACGGCCUGGAUAGGUGAGGGAGUGAGCAUGGACAAGCUUUCCGACUUUGGUGUCCUUUGUCCGUCCAGCAGGAGUGAAUGGGAAACCAGCAGCUGUGUGGAUGAGUUUAUGGACGAAGAUGAGAAAGACAGAGCAAAAAGAGCAUCCAGGAAUAAAUCGGAAAAGAAAAGGCGAGACCAGUUCAAUGUGCUCAUUAAGGAGUUGUGCACCAUGCUGCAGGGCCAAGGCCACCCACGCAAAAUGGACAAGUCUACCAUCCUGCAGAGGACCAUCAACUUCUUGCAAAAGCAAAAAGAGAUCACUGCGCAGACGGAGACCUGUGAGAUUCAGCAGGACUGGAAGCCUUCUUUUCUCAGUAACGAGGAAUUUACCCAGUUAAUGCUGGAGGCAUUGGAUGGUUUCCUGAUUGCUCUUAGGUUGGACGGGAACAUCAUCUAUGUAUCUGACAGUGUCUCGUCUCUCAUCGGGCAUUUACCAUCAGACAUGGUGGACCAGAACAUCCUGAACUUUCUGCCCGAGCGCGAACAUGCCGAGGUCUACAAACUGCUCUCAGCACACCUGCUCAUGAGUGACCCCAUCAGCACGGACUACCUGGAGGGCAAUGAGACCCACGUUGAGUUCUGUUGUCACUUAGUCCGAGGGAACAUCGACCCGAAAGUCACACCCACUUAUGAAUAUGUCAAAUUUGCAGGAGACGUCAAGUACCAGAAUAGUGUCCCUGCAUCCUCAUGUAAUGGCUACGAGCUGAUGUUCCCCCGUCCACUGCAGACCUCAGUGGAGGAUGAGAUGUGUUUAGUGGCUACAGUUAGACUAGUCACACCACAGUUCCUAAAGGACUUAUGUAGUGUAGAAGAUCCAUGCGAUGAAUUCACAUCGAGACACAGCCUAGAGUGGAAGUUCCUGUUUUUAGACCACAGAGCCUCCCCUAUCAUCGGUUACCUGCCGUUUGAGGUGUUGGGGACGUCAGGAUACGAUUAUUAUCAUGUGGACGAUUUGGAGCUCAUCGCUCAGUGCCACAAACAGCUGAUGCAGUGUGGGAAGGGGAAGUCAUGUUAUUAUCGCUUUCUGACUAAAGGACAGCAGUGGAUCUGGCUGCAGACGCACUACUACAUCACCUACCACCAGUGGAACUCCAAACCUGAGUUCAUCGUCUGUACACACACUGUGGUCAGUUAUGCUGAAGUGCGGGCAGAGAGGAGGAGAGAGUAUGGGCUGGAGGAGAGCUCUGAUAUGUGUACCACCUCAGUAAAGGGGCAGGAGGUGUGUCUGGAUGUGUGUGCUCCUAUGGAUGCACCACAAGACAGAAUCAGCAGUGCACAAUCAGCAUCUUCACACAGCUCACGCAAAUCCACACACACUGCACCAUCUGACUCAGCCUCCAACUCUUCUGUCCUGUAUAAAGAAAGCUGCACAUCAUCACGCCAUUCAGCGCCUACAGCAAAUGAGAACAUGCUGAGACACGGAGCAACAAAGACAAUGAUUCAAAGACAAGCCUCAUUGGAGCCCCUCCCUCCCUCCCCCUCCUGCAGCCAAUCAUCAGUCAUGCACCAGGCGGUGUGUACAGGUCUCCCUCAGCCUCAGUUAGGGGUGAUGCACCAGCUGACGGAGCACCUGGAGAAGAGGAGACUCAUCCUGCAGCAUGACAUCAAAUCCCAGCAGCAGGAGCUUAAUCACAUCAAAGAAAAACUACAGAUCGCUAACCUGCAGAUGUUGCUGCAGCAGCCUGUGAGUUUUCCACAGCAGGCUUCAGCUCCAAACAGCCAGUCAGGAGUCCUGCACCACAACAACACACAACACCCCAAACCCCCACAUUGCACAACACACGCAGCCUCGUCUCACACAAUGCACCAAGAGCAGCCCAGCAGCUCCACCACACAGAGGUUGGUGCAGAUGCAGAGCGUGUGUGUCCCAGUCCAAACACACACUAGCCUGACGAUGCCUCUCUACAGCAACCCCAUGAUGUUCUCGCCAAACCAGGGAUAUCGCAACACAGCGGACACACAAAUGCACCAUACACACAAUGUGCAACAUACACACCGGCAAGCAGAGGCAGACAGCGGGCCUGAUGGACAGCUACGGAUGCUGUUAAACCAGCCGGUGCAGAAUCUGGUUCCAGACAGCAGUGGAACACUGACAUCACACUGCAGCACCACUAUCCAGCAAACCAAAUAUCUGGAUGAGCAGAUGAUGGCCCCCUCUUUCCCAGUACAGCAGGUCAGCUGUAAUGCUGUUCUAGUCCCCUCCCCUGUGUUUACGUCACCAAUCAUGUUCUCCCACAACAGUUUCAUUGCUCCUCGAGCUCCUCCCAGCUUCACACACAGCCCCCAGAACAGUCAGCACGGUCUGCACAUCCAGCAGCAUCAGCAGUUCUUUCAGAUGCAGCCACAGGGUCUCAUUCAGAGCGGCCACACUCAGGCCUUUUUCCACACAGCAAACGUCCAGCCUCAAAGCACUGUGGGAUACAUAGAGCAGCAACAACAACCACAACAGCAGCACCUUCAUUCCCAGUCUUCAGCAAGCAGCCUAUCAGAUUACAGGAACAUACUUCCACGGUAGCCCCACCCACAUGUGGGAGGGCAAAACAAAGCUGCUGGGAUAGUGCAUGGAGCGGUUGGCUCCGUGGCCCAAGAGGAGAAGAUGCUGAGAAGGCAGAGCGACUGAAGUUCGCCACCAAGCCUUAAAAACACCAAAGCCAAAAUGGACGUACAGUGUGGCGAGUUGAGAGGCUCCGCCCCCAUAUACACUGCACACAAAAAACGCUGUGGCUGUGGGAGGGGCUAGAUAAAUGUCACAGGAACAGCCACGCCCCAUGACUUUCACCAAGGUUCUCAUGAGAUCACUGGCAGAGUGAAGAGAGCAUCUUCAGGAUAACUAGGAAGAAAAAAGUGCUUUAAAAAAAGUUUUACAUUUGUGUCAUUUUUUUCUGUCUUGUUUUGUUUUAUUUCUUUUUUUUUCAUACGGUUAUGAUGACAGUUAUGGCAUUAUCAGGUUUGUUCGCAACAUUACUGCAAACGGAUAUAAAAAUCGUGAUGCAAGAGAAAAAUUUAAGCUGGAAACUUUGAGAGCAACAAGAAGCAGAGCGAGUGAUGAUGAAGUGAAGUGGGCGGGGCCUGAGUGGCCUGAGUGACACUUUACAACCAGGUGCAUUAUGCUAAAGACCAACAAUAACUACAAAAGAAUAUGACGUGGGAUGCUUCAUAUGUGUAAAGUUACAGUAAUUAGCAUAAAUCACAGAACGUGUCGGUUCGGAUUAGCCAGUUAUGCACAUUAAUAGUAUUUAUUGAAGUUGAGAAUAUUAACUGUUUUGAAUGUAUAAUGAAUUUUAGCGUUGCUAAAUGAACACACAUGAACCUGGCCAGUGAUCUUGUUUGGUGCUGCAAGGAAAACUGUAGCAACCAGCUCAAAUCACAAAUAAACUAGCGAUCGUUAGCAAAAAAAAAACUCGGAUUACAGAGAAAAUCAAAGGGUUAGCAUGAGAGGAGCUAAUAGUGGCUGUUUAGCUCGUUAUAAAGCAGGAAAGGAGUCUGGACGAGUCGAGGAGCGAUAUUUACAGUACUGUUCAUAAGAAAAUUGUGUUUACAGCAAC